AUGGUUAUAGCUCGGCUCGUUAUUGAGCUCCUCUCCAAAGGAAUGCAACCCUAUGUGACCCUUUUCCACUGGGACACACCUCAGGCAUUAGAAGAUAAAUAUGAAGGAUUUCUUAGCCCCAAUAUUACAAACGACUACAAGGACUAUGCUGAAGUCUGCUUCAAGGAGUUUGGUGAUCGAGUGAAGCGCUGGAUCACCUUCAACGAGCCCUGGACCUUCAGCUCAUCGGGCUACGCAGUCGGCUUUGCUGCCCCAGGUCGGUGCUCGCCAUGGGACUUUGGCAGAUGCAGUGCUGGGGAUUCAGGAAGGGAGCCUUACAUCGUGGCCCAUCACCAGCUUCUUGCACAUGCAGAAACAGUUCGGUUGUACAGAGAGAAAUACCAGCGCGUGCAAGGGGGAACGAUUGGCAUAACUCAAAUCUCGCACUGGUUUCUUCCCUACAACCGCUCCAUAACGAAUGAUGCUGCAGCGAGACGCGCCAUAGACUUCAUGUUUGGAUGGUUUAUGGACCCUCUUAUCAAAGGUAACUACCCAGCAAGCAUGAGAGGAUUGGUCGGAAAUCGCCUGCCGAAGAUUACCGAAGAGCAAUCCAAGUUGAUCAAGGGUUCGUUCGAUUUCAUUGGACUCAACUACUACACUACAAACUAUGCUUCCCCGCUCCCUCCAUCAAAUGGUCUUAACAAGACCUACAGCACUGAUUCUCAUGCGAACCUUACCGGUGUACGGAACGGCGUCCCUAUAGGCCCUCAGGGCGGUUCAUCUUGGCUCUACAUCUACCCUCAAGGGUUCCGUGAUCUGCUGCUGUAUAUCAAAAAGUACUACGGCAAUCCGCCCAUCUACAUCACUGAAAAUGGCGUUGAUGAAAAAAACAAUAAGAGCCUGCCACUGAAGGAGGCUCUCAAGGAUGACACUAGGAUAUAUUACUAUCGCACGCACCUCCUCUCCAUGCUAAGUGCUAUAAAGGAGGGGGCAAACGUGAAAGGGUACUUCGCGUGGUCGCUGCUGGACAACUUCGAGUGGUGGGCGAACGGCUACACGGUCCGGUUCGGGAUCUACUUCGUCGACUAUAACGAUGGGUACAAGCGGUACCCCAAGAAAUCUGCUUACUGGUUCAAGAAGUUCCUCGAGAAAUGAACAUGAGCGAGAUGUGCUGGGACAAAUAAAUGGACCGUGCGGUUGAUUUAUGUUUACCCUGAGAGAGUGUGCUGCAAUAAAAGGGUCCACAUUUUGUUGCAA